UCACUCAAGUCAUCUGUUGCCUGUCAAGUGAAUGUCAAAAAUAUGGCUAAACAAUUGAACUUUUCUUAUCAAAUUGUCAGCGCGUAAAUAAAAUAUUUUAAAAAAUUCUUCAUUUUGUACUAAGACAUUAGAAUGCUUUUCAAUUUUGAAGUGUCCAAAUUGUGAUAUCGGGCCAUGAACGUCGUCGUAUUAGUGUUUAAAUGAUUGGAAUUUGUGAUGUUGCCAGAAAUUUCCAGGGGCUGCCUUAGACAAAAAAACUCAUCGUCGUCGGUAUUUCCUUAUAAACAUAUAAUUAGUAAAAUUAGAAAAUGAUUUUGUAAUAGCCAAGUGAGUAUAACGAGGAGAAUGGGUGCUAAACCGAGUACGGCAAACGGAACUCAAAGUCCUCGGGCCAGAACUUUUUCAACAAGCAGCAGUUCGGAGGUUGUCACCACGCCCGCCGGCUUUCGUCUCUUACGUACGAUUCCCGGCAUCGACGUGUCUAGUGAUAGACAACGUGCGAGAUCUCUGUCUAGUGUACCCGAUUUGCAUUCUAGUCACGAAACUCUUUCGAUGCCUCCGACGGGUGUUAGCUUUGAUAUCUCGGCGAGCCCCGAAACCGAUAGCAGCUCCACUGAAGAAGCACCUAUCGGCGGCAGCUCGGCUGCCAGUAUAGCACUAGGAAGAGUUUACGCUGCCCAUUCUUUACCGUCUCAUAUUUGGUCUUUGAAUGGUAUAAAAUGUCCAGCAUGCAGUAAAUUUCUCAUUCCUGACGAUAUCGAGUAUCACCUAACAAUGUGCCUCUCCAAACCACGGAUUUCUUACAACGAAGACGUACUGACUGACGAUAAAGGGGAAUGUGUAAUAUGCCUGGAGGAUCUUGCUCAAGGCGAUGUGAUCGCGCGUCUGCCGUGUCUUUGCAUAUAUCACAAAAGAUGCAUAGAUCAGUGGUUUGGUAUAAAUCGUUCGUGUCCGGAGCAUCCUGGCUAGCAUCGUUUAAUUGAAUUUAUUUUGUACAUUAUGUAAAUAAUAUGCGUGUAUCGUAGGAACCAAAAUGUUAGAAUGAAAACCAUCUAGUGUCACUCAACUUUUUUAGUUGACGAAAUUUCCCGCGUCGGGAUUUGUGUUAGUUUUCUUAAAAUUUUAUUGAAAAGGUGACCAUUUGAAGUUGUUUUUAUCGAAUUGGGUAGUAGUAAAUGAUAAAUACUCGCAUAUUCAGUACUUACUCUACUUCAUCCCAACUAAAACAAAAUAUAUGUGUGAUAUACAAUGAAUAUAUUGUUGAUUUUGUUGUGCUAUAAGCUGCUUCGUAUGUGGAAGUGAUAAUCGGAAAACGUGAUUGUUUUCUUUGAAGUUGCCGAAAUAUGUGACUAGUCCUAAUUUGUAAUGUUUUUGUUAUCAAGUAUUGUUUCAAUUUAUUGUUAUAUAUUACUAAGCUAAAUCGUAUUCUCUUAAUCAGGCUGAACUAGAUUGCAUACUUGACAUAUCGAUCAUUACAAUAUUUCCGCAGGUGAAAAACCCUGUAAUAGUUAACACAAUGUAACAGUCUUUUUAUCUUCUAAUCAAUACUUCACGGUUGAAGGUCUAUGAUAAAAUUAACGUAAAUUCUAAAGAUAUAUACGGUGUGAUAAAAAAAAUCGUGUAAGCAGCUUGGACUGACUUUUGAACUCGUAUGAAUGUAUUUAAUCAAAUAAGCAUCGAUAUACUUUUGUAUAAGAAAUAAAUGCCAUUAGAUAAUGUUUCCUACUUUUAUUUUCUGUACACAACCUGCAAUUUAUUUUUUAUUCUUAUUUUACUUUAGAUAUAAUAAGAGUUAAGAAAUAAAUUUUGAGUUAAGUAAACUAAAUUAAUGUCGAUUUUUUGUGGAAAAUAAAUAUUUUUGAUACACAUAUAAUGUAAUUAAUUGUAAGAUUAUCUAAUUUUUUGCUAGCUUUUUCUGUUCAAGUCAAAAUAGUACCCUAAUAUGUACGUGUACCUACUAAUCAUAACAAAUAUAGAGAACUCAUUUCUUAAUUUUCUUUUGUCAUUACUUUGCCCAAGUAUUUUAAUUGUCGCCAUUGCAAAAAGACAAGGUACCACAUAAAUCACUAAAACAAAAGGGCUAAGCUUUUGUCAUUUAGAGUAAUCUUUGCGUGUAGUCAUUAUAAUUUAUUUUGUUUAUUCUGAUCUCCGCAUCUAAGGUAUACAUUAUUGUGUUAAUUCACGCAGUUUGGACGAUGUUUAAAUAACCGGAUUGGAAUUUGUUUGUUUUGAUGUAAAAUUCUACGUUUGUAAAAAUUGUAUUAAGCAUUUUGUUAACAUUUAUUUUGUUUGUAAGCCGGUCGUUACGAUAACAGUUGCCCUUAUCGCUAAGAAAUUAAUUAAUUUUGUAAACAGAUGUCGCAGGUGCGCGCUUUAGAUAAGAAUUAUGCGUAUUUUAACAAAAUAAUGAGAAAGUGGAAACGGACAUGACAUUGUUAAAUAGAGAAGGAAGUGUUUUAACGUGGCCUUUUGCCUUUGGCCUUUUGUGGGAAGUCGGGUUUUUGUCCGUGGCAUGUACGUGAAGUCAAGUAUUCAUUUGUGUUUGUACAAAGUCACUCAGUUAGUAAAAGUUCAUAAAAGUCAAGUUUAAUUUAUUAAUGUCGUGUUGAAAGAAAAUGACGAGUUUGUGUUAUAAAGAAAUUAAGUGUAAUUGGGUUUCCUGAGAAGAAUUCGGUUUAGUGUUUGUGCGCAUUUGAAUUGGGUUAGGAAACACCUCUCACAACUGAAAGAAUGGUAGUAUGGGAAAGAAAUACAAAACCUAGUGUAUACAACAACUAUGAAGUCUUUGACUGUGACCGUUCUGCGGAGAGAAUUUGCACAAAGAAUCCGCGCGGGGUUUGAAUAAUGACUGGUCUACCGUUUUAUUCUUGUAUUAACCAUUAAUCUUUGAAUUUCAUGUCACAAUGUGUUAUCGUUUAAAUUUUGCAUAAAAUAUUUGUUAUUGAAGCAAGGCGUACUCCAUGGUUUUGUUUUGAGUACGUUACUGAAUUAUGUUUGUUAUACUGUACAGAUGCCUUUAUAUUGUUUUAUUAAGUAUUUAUUUAUGUAUUCAGGAGGAAUAAAUUUAUUAUCCGUA